CUUCCGUGCACUGCACUAUAAGAAGUCAGCACACUGAGAGAUCAGCCUGGUCUCCGGGGAACACUCCUGAGGCUCACAGCUGAGUGAUCCAGGGCCUUGACAUGAUUCAAGGAGCUUCUAGGAAGUAAAAGGAUAAAGUCCACUUGUGGGGUGGGCUUGGAAUAAUCAAUACAAUCAACAGAUUUUAAAGUGUACUCAAGGCUGGUCAGAGGUUUUAUAUCCUAAGAGGUACUGAAUUUGGCACUGGCCAGAAAGUUCCCGAGAGCAGCAGUUUUGCACCAUUUCUUCAAAAAAUGGAGAGGAGAGACAAAGCUGAGACCAUCAGGAAUGAAAAAGUUGUGAACUGCUUAUACCAGAAUCGUAAUGCACUUUUUAGGCUGGUUUGCUUCCCUUGGGGAGGAGGUGGCUCCACUUACUUUGCCAAAUGGGGCCAAGAUUUUCACAAUUCCAUGGAAGUGCAUGCCAUACGGCUUGCUGGGAGAGAAAGUCGGCUUGAAGAACCUUUUGCAAGUGACAUGCAUCAGAUAGUUGAUGAAAUUGCCUGUGCCCUGCUGCCGAUCAUCCAGGAUGAAAAUUUUGCAUUUUUUGGCCACAGUAUGGGAUCUUAUACUGCUUUUUUUACCGCACUACAUCUCAAAGAAAAAUAUAAUCUAGAACCGGUACAUUUAUUUGUGUCAAGUAUAAGCCCUCCUCAUGCCAACAUUCAUCUCCACAAAGAUAAUUUGUGUAAAGAAGAAAUUGCCUUUGUAAUGAAGAAAAUAGGAGGCAUUCCUGACAAAUUUUUUGAUGAGGAAAUGAGUCCAGAAUCUGUUACCAGGUUGUUAGCAGAUCUUCAUAUUUUGCAUGAUGUCAUCUCUGACACACCCUCUAAGACUCGUCUUUCUUGUGACAUAACAUGCUUUUCUGGAUCUGAAGAUGUACCACUGGAUAUGGAAGCCUGGAAAGACGUAACCAGUGGAAGUUUUGACAGUUUUGUGCUUCCAGGAAACCACUUCUAUCUUAUGGAACCUUCCAAUACAAGCUUCAUCAAGAAUUACAUAACCAAGGCUCUAGAAAUAUCACUGCUCGCCUCUUGACAGAUAUCUCCCCUUCUUGGUCUUAAAACAGUCCAGUUGAUUAUCUGAUACUCUUCUUCAGUUUUUUAGAGUAGCUUAGGACUUUGUUUCAGAGAUUGGAAAAUGAUACAUUUGCUGCUGUCAGGGUGAUGGUUAUCUACAAAUGUAUUUCCCCAGAGCAUUUACGUAUCUGGGGGAUGAAAGACGAAUGGGUCAAGAAUACUUCCGGGAGGGUCUUUCUUCUUUGUAUUAGAAUCUCAUUUGAGUCUCACCUGUGGAAGGUUUGUCAAUGAAAUUCCUGCUUGGUCAAUGAUUUAUUUCUUCCUUUCGGUUAUUCUGACAGUGAAAAUCACAGACAGGGGAAGUGCUUGAAAUGAAAUGACUGUUUCAUUAACACACUGUGGCCCAAAGCCUGAUCUCACCUUUU